AGACGCGACGUACUUCGUUUCUUAGUCGACGCACAAACUCCUCUGCAUUUGUGCCGCUUCUUCUUCCACGCUCUCCAUCGCUUCCAUCGCCUGAGAUCACCAACCGCUGUUCCCCAUCUCCUCACAAUGAUCGUUCGAUUCCGCAGCAAGGACGGCAACUAUAGAGUCCAGGCUGAGCCCUCAGACGACUUCUCCGUCCUAUCUGACCGUCUAGUAUCUCAGCUCCCACCCGACUCUGACCCAAACACAAUCACCGUCUCCGAUCAGCCCAAUUCAAAAGAAUCUGCAAAGUUCCUGUAUGAGCUUUUUGGAAGGACUCUUGCUGACCUCCAGAUCAAACAUGGCGAUCUGCUCUUUCUAUCCUACGACUCGGCUCCCUCCGCCCCCGUUGCCCCCUCCUCUGCUCCCUCACCCGCUGUAACCGCCGUCCGUCUCAACGGCAAACCCGUCUCCGAGGCCGACGCCCACAUGCUUCCCCGCCCCUCAUUCCCCAACUCCUCCUCCUCCGGCACCUCGCUCUGGGAAACCGUCGUCCAGGAUCCCGUCGACGAUCUCCUCGACUCCCUCGACGGCAAGAUCUCCCGCAGGCGUGACCCCAAAAUGUGCAAGCACUCCGAAAAAGGCAUGUGCGAUUACUGCAUGCCCCUCGAGCCCUUUGAUCCCGAGUACCUCAAAGCCCAAGGCAUCAAGUUCGCCUCCUUCCACUCUCACAUAAAAAAGCUAAACUCCACCGGCUCAAACGCAAACGCAAACACCUCCGCUGCUUCUUCUUUCGUUCCCCCGCUCUCCGAGUUUGAUUUCAAGGUCAAAGCAAAAUGUCCAUCCGGUCACGCGCCCUGGCCGGCCGGUAUCUGCUCAAAGUGUCAGCCAUCCGCAAUCACCCUGCAAGCCCAGCAGUUUCGUCUCGUCGACCACGUCGAGUUUGCUUCCUCCACCAUCGUCAACGAUUUUAUCGACAACUGGCGUCGCUCCGCAAACCAAGCUAUUGGCUACAUGUACGGCACCUACGAAUCCUACGCCGACACCGUCCCGCUCGGAAUCAAGGCUGUCGUCAAGAGCAUCGUCGUGCCUCCACAGGUCUGCGCCAUAGACGGCGUCUCUCUGCAACUUCCAUGGAAAGAAGAGAAAGAAGUCGAAGCGGCUGCUGCCGCCGAGGGUCUGCGUCCCGUCGGCGUCAUCUUCACAGACCUCACCGACUCCGGCAAAGGCGACGGCUCUGUAGUCUGCAAGCGCCACGCCGACUCCUACUUUCUCUCCUCUCUCGAGAUCACAUUCGCGGCCGAACUGCAGCGACGGCAUCCAAACCCGACCCGCUGGAGCGAGACCGGCAAGUACUCGUCCAAGUUUGUGACCUGCGUCAUCUCCGGCAACGCCAAAGGCGAGAUCGAAAUCUCAGCCUACCAGGUCUCGCACACUGCCGAGGCGAUGGUCGAGGCCGACAUCAUCGAGCCCUCGGUGUCGCCUAGCUUGAUGCUCGUCAAGGAACCAACUGAUAACAGAUACGUGCCGGAUGUCUUUUUCAGGCGUAUAAACGAGUACAAGGUUGCCGUGCAGGAGAACGCGAAACCUGUCUUUCCCGUAGAGUAUUUACUAGUCACGCUUUCGCAUGGGUUUCCCACAACAUAGUGUAUCAUAGCAAUA